ACGGCCAGUCAUUGACACACGUGUGUGUGUGUGUUUACUGUUGACUUUGGAGAAUCAUGCAGUGUGUGCGGAUGUUGUGCGCGUCUCACAGAUGUGUCCUGAACAUCCGCAGCGCCUUGGCUUCGUGUAGAUCACCUGAAAAAACGCUGCAGUUCUUUAGAAAAGACUCUGUUUAUUGUAAAAGGUGCUCAUGUUCAUCAGUAAGAAAGUGUUGGAGUUGUGGUUCAUCUGCUCAGAUGUUCUUCUGCUCCUCAUGUAACUCCAUACAGCCUCCUCAGGAAAAAGCGACUUACUUUGAGAUCUUAAACUGUGAUCAGACGUUUGCUUUGGACACUCGGGAGCUUCAGGGAAAAUACGUAGAGCUACAGAGAUCUCUGCAUCCUGACAACUUCAGCCAGAAAUCACAGACAGAACAGAGAUAUUCUGAAGAGCAAUCAGCCUUGAUAAACAAAGCCUACAGGACCCUACAGAAACCUCUCACACGGAGCGUCUACUUGCUGCAGUUACAAGGAGUCGAGCUGGACGAAGGCACAGACGCCACAGCAGAUCCAGCUUUGCUAUUAAAGGUCAUGGACGUCAACGAGAAGCUGGCAGAGACCCAGAGCCUCGACGAGGUCAGGGCUGUAGGCCAGGAAGUGCAAGUGACCUUGAAAAACCUGACAGAACAGAUGAAUACAUCGCUAAACAAAGGGGACCUGAAGUCAGCCAGAGAGCUCCUGGUUCAAAUGAAAUACUUUGCAAAUCUGGAAGAGAAGGUAAAGGAGAAACUGAGGGAGAACUUUUGAGGUGGCGGAGAAGGAACGGAUCGACGCUUUGACGCGGAUAAAUCUUUAAAUAAAAGUGCUUGAACAUGUAAAAGAUGAACAUCUCGUAAAUUAAAAUCUAUUUUUAAUC